AUGGCGGCAGAACCCCGGGAUUGUGGGGGGCCGGGGGCUUCACCCACCGGUUGGGGGGUUGAGUGCUCGAGUGCAGCUGAGGCUCUGGCAGCUGCAGGGGCAGGAGCUGACAUCGUCCUGCUGGACAACCUGGCCCCCCAGGACCUGCACACGGCGGCGGCGCAGGCCAAGGUCGCGCACCUCUGGGUGACGGUGGAGGCCAGCGGGGGGAUCAUUCUGGAGACCCUCCCCCAGUUUUUGGGGCCCCACAUCAACGUGGUGUCCAUGGGGUGUCUGACCCACAGUGCCCCUUCCCUGGACUUCGCCCUGCAGGUGCUGGAACCCUAAAAUCCAUCCUGGGACCCUGAAAACCCACCCUAGGACCCCAAAUUCCAACCUGGGACUCCAAAAACCUACUCCAGAACCCCAAACCCAACCUGAGAUGCCCCAAUCCAUGCUGGGGAGUGCAAAACUCACCGUGAAACUCCAAAAUCCACCCUGGCAGUCCUCAAAGCCCAAAGCCCUCCUGCUGAGGGGGACCGUGAAAUGUGGCACUGAGUCCUCCCAGCCGCCAGGGGGCGCCAAUGCCUGAGACCUCCCCCCAGCCCGGGACUCCAAAAUCCACCUUGGCACCCACAAAAUCCGUCUGGGACCCCAAAAUCUGUCUAGGACCCUGCUAAAUCCACCCUGGGACCUUCCAAUGCCCCCCUGAGACCCCACAAAGGCCACCCUGAGGAUCCCAAAUCUCCAUCCUGGGGUCCUCCCACUCACCUCCCCACUCUAAGGUGGGCCCAAAACUCCACCCUGAGGUCUCCCCAUCCUCCUUUUCUCUUUGUACUCCCAAAUAAACCCCUACCUCACCUCCCCCAUGUGUCUCCCCAUUUUUUUUCCACGGUGUCACGCUCCAAAUCCACCAUGGAGUGCAAAACCAGCCACUUUCUAACCAACAAAAGGGGGGGCUGUGACCACUGACCCAUUGACCCCCUACUCUGAGCCACGGUCAGUUCUGCUGG